AGAGAGAGUCGAUCGCGCUUGCACCGCGCGUAACGUAAUAACGAUAAUAAAGUAUUUCACGGAAUAUCCGUUCUCGAAGGAGAACGACUGUGAAACGGAAGCGCCGUCUGAAGAAAAAAGACUUGGAGAAUAAUCGCGUCGCUUCACAAUCGGUCGCACUUGCAUAACGUUAAUUAAGAAAAAAGAAUGGAGGCGACGAGGAUUAAGAAAUUGUUACGCCUCUGUGAAAUCCUCGUCUGAUUGGCCGUAGUCGCGAACGAAUAUCUUUCUACGUCGUUAGAGAUUGCAAAUUCGCGAUAGAAAGCGAAGAGAGUAUCUUCCUUCGACUCGCGAUCGAAUUUAAAAGCCUUCUGCGGAUUCUUCUGCGUUGAGAAUGAGCUCGAUCGAGUCAGCGGAGACCCUCGAGUUUCGCGUGUGACGCGUUAUGUGCGGAGUGCGUAACCGACUCGAGCCAGACGCAUCUGACGCAUCCAAAGGCGAAAAACAAUGGAAAACGUUUACGUGAUAAAAGUGAAGACGAAGCCGGCUCUCUCGUCGUUAUACCCGUCGGAACGACGUUACUCGGCCUCGACGGUCGGUGGCCUUGCCCUGGUACACUUUGGCUUAGGCGCCCUUUCCCUUCUUCUAGGCACGCUGGCGCUCUCCGUUCAGGGAGCGAUUUUGUCGAUAGCUUGUUUGGUACCGUUCGUCGCGGGACUUUUAGCCUGGAGAAGGUGGUACAUCGAUCGAAACAUAACCAUCUUCUUUUCCGCAAAUCUCUUCUCGUUGCUGGCGGCCAUUCUUUGCCUCGUCGUGACCAUUCUCGAUAUCGCUGCGGUUGCGGAGACCAAUAAUGGAUCUCUCUGGUCUAUGGAGAAGAUUCUUCGUGGUUCGAGCGAUACCUUUGUCAUCGAUAACAACAACAACAACAACAACAACAGCAACAACGUCACCGCUCUCGUCGAGGAGACCACGAUGAAAAUAGAGAAAUUCGUUAACGAAAGCGACAAGGGACUCUCCUACGACGAUCUCAAGGGAGAAAGUUCUAUAUUAUACGAAAGGAGCAUGUCGAUCUCGGGUAACGCGCUGGAAAAGGAAUCGGAAAAUAAGAGCAAAGAAGAACUCGUCUCUCUCGACAGAGACAAAGUUUUAUCCUUGUGGCAAAAGGAUCGCAUCGGGGAAUCCUCGCAGACGGAAACGCUACUUACGGUGAACGUACUCGUUGCUUCUCUUUUGGAAGUAUUUUGGUCCCUUCUCAGUGCGAAGAUAGCUCUACGUGGUAUGAUGAAUCGAUUUCCGGACAUCGAUCACGGUAACAACUUUACCGACACCGAUUCGAAGAGAGUCGCGUCCACGGGACACAGGAGAAAGCAUCCACCACCACCGAGGCCGGAUAUAUUGGAUCACGAUCGCGGAUCAUCCGAAAGCGCGCUAAAUAUCAAUUCCAUGAGCUCCGUUCAAACCGCUGCCCCGAAUCCUGCGCUUCCCUUACCCGAAUCGAGCAGGGAGUUUCGCGAAAGGGUCGAAAGAUUCUUAGCGAAUCAAGCUGCUCUCAGAAUCGUCGAGGGAUCUUGUACGUAAUUAUACGAAGAGGAAGUUGCAAAGAGAGACUUGAUUCGUUCGCCGCGAUCUCAAAGUAUUACGAUUAUUCUCCUUAAAGUAUAAGUGGAUAAGUUGUUACAACAGGGUAUAUACUAUAUAUAUGUGUGUGUGUGUAUAUAUAUAUAUAUAUAUAUAUAUAUAUAUCGUUAUCGUAAGGAUAAAUCGGCUAAUUACUUGUCCCCGAAGUAGACGACUAAAAAUAUUCUCUAAGCUAGUUAUACUUACGUAAUCGGUGUCUGGUAACGGAACGAAAUAAAGCCGCCGCCGGCACGUCUCGGCCGACUCGUGUACGGUUAAACGACGGUAAUUAUUUGUAACGAGCGUUCGUUCUAAAAGAACGAACUUCUAACGUCUUCUCGUACCAAUGCCGAACGACUCCUCGGGAUUACUUUAUCAGCGGCCUGCGAUCUCGUUAAUUAAGCGUUCCGCGCUCCGCUUUAAUGAAACUUUUUAAGCGUGUAAUCUCGCGUCUACGAUGCUUAUAUUAAUGAUUAUUGUAACCAUGCGAUGCCGCGCCACUGCAUGCGCGAUAUAUUUAUCAAGGCCUCGGUUUUAACCGUGAAAUUGGUCUGCUCUGAUUCCUGAUAAUCGAGGAAUCUCCUUUGUAAUCGUUCUCGAUGAGUCUUAAACUCGAAUCGAGAACCGUCUAUGCGUACGAACGAGGAAUCUAUGCGGCCAGAAAAUUACGUUCGCGAAGCGAUCUUUUAGCGCUUUUACCUGCGACUCCGCAAUCGCGAUCGUACGAUCGAUUUUGAACAGUAACGUGCCAGCUUGCCUCCUUCUUGCCGUAAUCUAAUGCAUUGCGACAGUUCGACUCUCGCGAGGCCCCGUUGCGAAAUCUUAUAAUCUGAUAUUGGCCAAUGCUAGAGGGGC